AGAGGAGCCUUGGGAGGAACUGAUAUUACGCUAUUGGCGAUUUGAUCGUUUAGACAACUUACCUUCUUUCUGGCUCUUGCACACCACUUAUCCCUAACAAGAAUUUCAAUAUUCUUCCCGAAAUCGAUUGACUCAGCUCGGCGCGAUUAUGAACGAAACCGGAUCGUCACAUAAAGCCUCGAUGAAGCUGAAACACACCAUCCACCCCAUCCUUUUGUACUUUAUCAACUUUGUCGUAUUCAUCUACACUAUUUUAACUUACAUUCCAUUUUACUUUCUCUGUGGGACAAGGCAGGUUAUAGCGAGGUCACACCAAAUUAAAGCGAAGCCUGUGAAUAACAGUCCCGAGAGUCCUUACAGAUCGGUUAAUAGCUUGCAUUGCCUGGCAUCGGUUUUGUACCCUGGAUGUGAUACCUUAGAUAAAGUUUUUAAGUACGCGAAGACAAAAUUUAAAAACAAAAGGCUCUUGGGGACACGUAACGUUCUAAACGAGGAAGAUGAAAUCCAACCGAAUGGCAAAGUUUUUAAGAAGGUUAUCCUUGGAAACUACAACUGGCUCUCGUACGAAGAGGUGUACAGCAGAGCGCUUAACUUCGGGAACGGCCUCCUUGUACUGGGACAGAAACCGAAGACGAACAUCGCCAUUUUCUGCGAGACCAGAGCCGAAUGGAUGAUUGCCGCGCAGGCGUGUUUCAUGUAUAAUUUCCAACUUGUUACACUGUAUGCUACUUUGGGAGGCCCAGCAAUUGUGCAUGGAUUAAAUGAAACAGAAGUGACCAACAUCAUUACUAGUAAAGAACUUCUUCAAACAAAAUUGAAGGAAAUUGUCACCCAAAUUCCACGUCUGCGGCACAUUAUAACUGUAGACAGCAAGCUACCGACGUGGUGUGAGUUUCCCAAGGGAGUCAUCGUUCACACGAUGGCGGCGGUACAGGCCUUGGGAGCGAAAGGAGACGCGGAAGAGAAAUUUCACAGCAAACCUGUGCCCUCGGAUAUUGCAGUGAUCAUGUAUACGAGUGGAUCCACAGGACUUCCCAAGGGCGUGAUGAUCUCUCAUUGUAAUCUUAUCGCCGGACUCACCGGGAUGGCUGAAAGAAUUCCAAAACUGGGGCAGCAGGACAUCUACAUCGGAUACCUACCGCUUGCCCACGUCCUCGAAUUAAGCGCUGAGCUGGUCAGCCUCUCCCACGGAUGUCGGAUUGGCUAUUCGUCACCCCAGACUUUAGCAGAUCAGUCUUCGAAAAUAAAGAAAGGAAGCCAAGGAGAUACGUCCGUGCUGAGGCCCACUGUGAUGGCAGCCGUUCCGGAAAUCAUGGAUCGCAUCUACAAAAAUGUCAUGAACAAAGUAAAUGGAAUGAGCAAUUUCCAACGUAACCUGUUUAUUUUGGCGUAUAAUUAUAAAAUGGAGCAGAUUUCCAAAGGCUACAGUACCCCACUCUGUGACAGGUUUGUUUUUCGAAAAGUCCGGAGUCUACUAGGGGGAAACAUCCGCCUCUUACUGUGCGGCGGUGCUCCGCUUUCCGCAACAACUCAGCAGUUCAUGAAUAUCUGCUUCUGCUGCCCGGUCGGUCAGGGAUACGGACUCACCGAGUCGGCCGGGGCUGGCACAAUCACAGAAGUUUGGGACUAUACUACAGGCAGAGUGGGAGCUCCGUUGGUUUGCUGUGAAAUCAAAUUAAUGAACUGGGAAGAAGGUGGAUACCAUAAUACCGAUAAACCACGCCCAAGAGGGGAGAUUCUUAUUGGUGGCCAGAAUGUGACAAUGGGAUACUACAAAAACGAGUCAAAAACCAAAGCUGAUUUUUUUGAAGACGAAAAUGGACAAAGAUGGCUCUAUACUGGAGAUAUUGGAGAGUUUGAUCCAGAUGGAUGUUUAAAGAUCAUUGAUCGUAAAAAGGACCUUGUAAAACUUCAGGCCGGAGAAUAUGUCUCCCUUGGCAAAGUUGAGGCAGCUUUGAAGAAUCUCCCACUAAUAGAUAAUAUAUGUGCAUAUGCAAACAGUUUCCAGUCGUACGUCAUUGGAUUUGUGGUGCCAAAUCAAAAGGAGCUGACGGAGCUAGCUCGACAAAAGGGAUUUCAAGGAACUUGGGAGGAGCUCUGCAACAGCGCGGAAAUGGAAAAGGAGGUUCUCAAAGUGCUGUCUGACGCUGCCAUUUCAGCAAGUCUGGAAAAAUUUGAAAUUCCCAUGAAAAUUCGCUUGAGCCCUGAACCGUGGACCCCUGAAACAGGUCUGGUAACAGAUGCCUUCAAACUAAAACGCAAAGAGCUUAAGACACAUUACCAGGAGGACAUUGAACGAAUGUAUGGAAGAAAAUAAUUCUUUUUUCCUCUCCCCGUCAGCUUGCUACAGUGAGCUCAGAUCAAAUAGGAAAAUACUUGAAUUGCGGGUCUCUCCCUCGAGACAAACUCCAUUCCUCAUUUUCAGCCUAAAACUGUUAUUUUUCAUCCCACCCCAUUCUUAACUGACAGGAUAAGUAAAAUGUUAAGACAGCAAACCUGUGUCUGUCUGUUCUUUGGUUUUUUCUCUCAGUUCCUUUCACUACCUGUGACUGUUCUUGUCGGUUUGUGGAUUUUCCUAAAUCAAUAUUGAGCAAGCAAGGAUUUUGAAGUGUCUGAUUUUUAAACAUGAUUUGUAAAUCCGGAGUAAUGUUCAGUUUGUAACUUUUUAAAGCGUGGAUGUAUAGAGGGAUAACUAGGACAUAUAAGAAAUUGUUACUUUGGAGGAGCCUUUUUUUUACUUACAGUAUUUAAAAACAAAAGGGUGUUGGUGUGAAAUGAUGUAAAUUUCAAAAGCUCAUGUUCCAAUCAUUGUUGGAUAGAAGUACCAGAUUUGCUGUGUAUUACCAUAUGCAUUUUAGAGAAAUAGGCAUCUUCACAUAUGAUUUAUGAACUCGUCCCCACCUGAAUAUGUGCCUGACAGGUUCUUCUCUAAAUAUUUAAUUUUUUUUACUGGAAACGAUAAAAUGAGGUCAUGGCACUGUAUAUAAUGAGGUAGCACCAUAGGUUAUGUGUAAUAAAGCAGAAGAUAUUUAGCACAGCAAAUAGUCUCUGAGAGUUCACUUUCAAAACGUAUUGAGACGAUUUUAUAUAAAUAGUGUUAAAACUAGACGGAACUCUAAAUUGUUGAAUAAAGUCAAUUCUGGAAAUUUCACAACUUGUGUG